AUGAACCUAACCACCACACUCAUCUCCACCACUGUUCCCAAGAUGGUCACUGACUUCUUCUCAGGACACAGAGGCAUCUCUUGCAUCAGCUGUGGAGUACAAAUCUUUCUUUACUUGAUGCUAGGGGUGGCAGAGUGUGUCUUCCUGACUCUCAUGGCCUUUGACUGCUACUUGGCCAUCUGUAGCUGUCUCAGAUAUCAGAUCAUCAUGACACCCAGAGUCUGUGUGCAAAUGGCUGCCAGGUCAUGGAUUUGGGAUGUUCUCAUCUCAGUAAUGCACACAAUUUAUGCCAUGCAUUUCUCUGUUUGUUGGUCCAGGAAAAUUCACCAUUUCUUCUGUGAAGCUAUGGCCCUUCUGAAGCUCUCUUGUGAGGACACCUCAGCCUAUGAGAAGGUGGUGUUGGUGUCUGGCAUUGUUUUCCUUCUCAUCCCUUUUGGGCUCAUCCUGACCUCCUACACCCUCAUUUUCCUUGAUGUCCCCCACAUGAACUCCCAUGAGGGCAAGAACAAAGCUCUGGCCACCUGCUCUUCCCACCUGUGUGUGGUGAGCCUCUACUUUGUUCCAGCCAUGAUUGUCUCCAUGACCCCAGGUGCCUCUCUGCCCUCAGAGGUGGACCAGCAUCUCUUUGUGUUUAAUGUUAUCAUCACUCCCAUGCUGAACCCCCUCAUCUAUAGCCUGAGGAACAAGGAGGUACUUGCUGCUUUGAGAAAAGUGCUAUGGAGAAGGCUAAUGUUUAAACAGUAA